GUGGUGGUGGUGGGUAAUAGAUUUCAUCAUUCAGUGGAACCGUGCGGACGGAGCCUCGGAAAAAGAGUCACCUCGUAGUGUGUGAAAAUCGUUGUUCUACUAUUGUGCAUUUAUGCCAAUAGGCAGUAACCAACGAACUUCAGAGGUUGCGUGUGUAUGUAGGUGUAUCGUGAUAAAUUGUGUUUUCUAGCCAACCGGGAGCAAUUUGUUUCAAAACACCGUGGUUCACGAUUUUCAUCAGCAUCGCAUCGUCGUAAUACGUGUAACUUCGAACGCAAACAUCACGUGCGAGAGCGAGAGAUCAGCUUUGCGGUAGCUCAAGUGGCUGCUUUGCCUAGAAGUUUAGUGACGUACGCAAAGGUUCGUCAAAGGAAUCGAAGUGAUGCUUAGCCAGUACGUGUUCCAUCGAUAAAAAUGAAUAAUAAUCGGAAAGGGUCAAGUCUGGUGAAUACAGUGGAGGUAACCAGCGCGACUGCAAUAAUUGUUGUAGGCCAUGGCUUCGACGACAGAAAUUCCUACCUCGGUGGGAAGCUCCUCUGCCUCAGCCUCCGCCCCCUUGCUGGAGGACCUCAUCGAAGAGCCGGAAUCUUCGUCCACCUCGUCGGCCACAAACAGUGCUAACAGAGCCUCGUCAUCAUAUGGAAUCAAGCUCGUUAACCCUUAUAACCCCACUUCGUCCUCCUCUUCGAACAGUCACAGCAGUGCAACCACAAGCAGCGCUAACAGAGCAUCGACAUCGUACGGAGUAAAGCAUACUCCCAUACCCAUAAGCAUACCCUCUUCGAACAGUCACAGCAGCAGUCAGAAAAGGCCAGUCAACACAGUUGAUCCUGAUGAUCAAUCUGAAGAGAAUCUGCAAAGUAGCACCAUUGCAGCGGACGGUGGAGCCACCAAUUCAGGUACCACCACCGACACCGUCGGUGAUGAGGAGAAAAAAGACGACUCUGUGUUCGAAUGCAACAUCUGUCUAGACACGGCGAAGGAUGCAGUAGUCAGCAUGUGUGGUCAUCUGUUCUGCUGGCCCUGUAUUCACCAAUGGAUGAAUGGAUACCGUAACACCUGCCCGGUCUGCAAGUCAUCGAUAAGCAAGGAGAAGGUUAUUCCCCUCUACGGGCGGGGUGGAAGUAAGGAGGAUCCGCGGAAAACGGUCCCGCCGCGCCCGGCCGGUCAGCGUACCGAACCGGAACAACCGCACGGCUUUCAAAGCUUUACAGGCGACGGUGGUUUCCACAUGUCGUUCGGUAUCGGUGCUUUUCCAUUCGGGUUCUUCACCUCUACACUAAACUUUGGCGAUUUUCGUGGAGCAAACACUCCGCGAGAAAAUACGCGCGAGUCGGAGGAGGACCAGUUUCUGUCGCAAGUGUUUGUCUGUGUGGCGCUCAUCUUUCUGGCUUGGUUGGCUAUGGCAUAAAAAGAGGAAAGAGAUGGAGAGAAAACGCAGUCCAAAUUGUCGCUAAAUCAUGAGAAAAGACCAAAAAUGUAAUCUCCCAGUAACUACUGGGUGAGUGGGCCGUGGAGUAUUGUUUGCAUUAUUUUAAAUUCCUUUUGGUCUGUUUUUCCAUUAUUUGUUGUUUGCUAAACUGAAAAAAACUUGGUGCAGAAAUGCUUCAUCUUAGCAGCCGGGGCUGUAAAAACAGAAAAUAUAGAUAUAUGUUGGAAGAAAAACAUGAAAUACAUGCAGCAAAAUGACGCUUUUAUGUGAUAAUCUAGAAAAAAUGUACACCUCUCAAUGUUUCAUUGUUAAUGUUCGCAGUACGUAGGUGUUUGGAAAAAAUAUGCAAACAUACCGGUAUGUUUUAAGCUCUUUGUCUCACUCGCUCACUGUGUCAAAAUAAGAAAUGGGAAAUACCCAGAUUUACAGCGACCUCGUCUUGUUGUAUACAUUAGCUUGCAAUUGCAAGGGCAUUAAAAGGGCAAGCAAAAUGUUUUGGAAAAAGCUAGGGUGCAAGGUGUAAGAGAACAACCGUAAUGCAAACAUUUAUAUGUGAAACAGGAAAUGCUGUAAUGUUCGUUAAUUAAGCAAAAUGAGACAAAUAAAUCACACAUAAGCCAGAUU